UAUAAUUAAAAAUAAAAAACAAAACCCGCACCACAAAACGAUACGAACCUUGGUUUCUCUCUGUCCAACGCAAACGCAAACGCAAAUCAAUCACACUGACUCACCGCUAUCAACGCACGCUGCAAUUCCACGCAGACAUGACAAUAUGACCACCAAAACGACGCCGUUUCACCACCAGCCACCGCAAACCGUCAGGAGGCUGGUGGUGGAGGUGGUGGACGCGCGGAACCUGCUUCCCAAAGAUGGCCAGGGAAGCUCCAGCCCUUAUGUAGUGGCGGACUUCGACGGCCAGAGGAAGCGAACCACCACCCGGUUCAAGGAGCUCAACCCGGUAUGGAACGAACCGCUCGAGUUCAUCGUCUCCGACCCGGAGACCAUGGAGUUUGAGGAGCUGGAGGUUGAGGUCUAUAACGAUAAGAAGUUUGGGAACGGUAGCGGCCGGAAGAAUCACUUCCUCGGAAGGGUCAAGCUCUAUGGAACCCAGUUUUCUCAGAGAGGGGAAGAAGCUCUGGUUUACUAUACUCUAGAGAAGAGGAGCGUGUUCAGUUGGAUCAGAGGUGAGAUUGGACUCAAGAUUUAUUACUACGAUGAGCUGUUGCUUCAUGAUGAUGAGAAACAGCAGCAGCAGCAACCGCCGCCGGAGCAAGAGAGGAGCAGGAUGGUGGUAGAAGAAGGAAGGGUGUUUGAAGUUCCUGGACAAAUGGAGCAUUGCGUGCCUCUUCCUGAAGGUCCACCUCAUUCGCCGGGUGUUGUGGUGGUGGAGCAAUCGCCGCCGCCGGUGGUUCAUGUCCAGCAGGAUCAACCGGAGGUGCAGGAAAUGUAUGGUCCUCCGGUGCAGGAAAUGCCGUACCAUCAUCAUCCUGAGGUGAGGAAAAUGCAGGCGGUUAGAGGGGAGAGGGUGAGGGUUCUGAAGAGGCCUAACGGUGGUGGUGACUACUCGCCGAAGAACAUCUCCGUCAAGAAGGAGAAGGCUGGUGUUGAUACCGAGAGGGUGCAUCCCUUCGAUCUGGUGGAACCGAUGCAGUAUCUGUUUGUGAGAAUCGUGAAGGCUCGCGGUGUUGCUCCGCCCGGUGAAAGCCCCUACGUCAAGGUGAGAACGUCCAGCCACUACGUCAGAUCGAAACCAGCGAGUCUCCGGCCAAACGAGCCCAGCGACUCGCCGGAGUGGAACCAGGUGUUUGCAUUGGGUUACAACAAGAACGACGCCAACAGCGCUACGCUGGAGAUCUCAGUUUGGGAUUCCCCGACGGAGAGUUUCCUCGGCGGCGUUUGCUUCGAUCUCUCCGACGUCCCGGUGCGAGAUCCUCCAGACAGCCCCCUGGCUCCGCAGUGGUACCGUCUAGAAGGAGGCGCCGCCGAUCAAAACCCUGGCAGAGUCUCCGGUGACAUCCAGCUCUCCGUCUGGAUCGGUACCCAAUCCGACGACGCAUUCCCGGAAGCGUGGAGCUCCGACGCGCCGUAUGUAGCGCACACUCGCUCCAAGGUUUACCAAUCGCCGAAGCUCUGGUAUCUCCGGGUGACGGUUAUCGAAGCGCAGGAUCUAAACAUGGCUCAGAAUCUCCCUCCAUUGACAGCACCGGAAGUUAGAGUGAAAAUCCAAUUAGGGUUCCAAUCGCAGAGAACAAGGCGAGGCUCCAUGAACCACCACAGCAUGUCGUUUCACUGGAACGAGGAGCUUCUCUUCGUCGCCGGAGAACCGCUAGAAGAAACGGUUAUCCUCCUUGUAGAAGAUCGAACCACCAAGGAACCUUCGCUGUUAGGCCACGCCGUGAUUCCUUUAGUCUCAAUCGAGCAACGGAUCGACGAGCGUCACGUGCCGGCGAAAUGGUUCACUCUAGAAGGAGGUUCCUACUGCGGCAGAGUCCACCUCCGCCUCUGCUUAGAAGGAGGCUAUCACGUGCUCGACGAGGCGGCGCACGUGUGCAGCGACUUCCGUCCCACGGCGAAGCAGUUAUGGAAACCACCCGUCGGAAUUCUGGAGCUCGGAAUCCUCGGCGCUCGCGGCCUUCUUCCGAUGAAAUCCAAGGGCCCUGGAAAAGGGUCCACCGAUGCUUACUGUGUUGCCAAGUACGGGAAGAAGUGGGUCCGAACGCGCACCGUCACCGACAGCUUCGACCCACGGUGGAACGAGCAGUACACGUGGCAGGUUUACGACCCCUGCACCGUCCUCACCGUCGGGGUUUUUGAUAACUGGCGCAUGUUCGCUGAAGUCUCAGAGGAAAAACCAGAUAGCCGCAUCGGAAAGGUACGAAUUCGUGUUUCCACGCUUGAGAGCAACAAAAUCUACACCAGUUCGUAUCCUCUUCUGGUUCUGACACGAACCGGGUUGAAGAAGAUGGGGGAGAUUGAGCUAGCGGUGCGGUUUGCGUGCCCGUCGUUGCUGCCGGAAACUUCUGCGGUUUACGGGCAGCCGCUGCUGCCCAGAAUGCACUACCUCCGCCCGCUUGGGGUGGCGCAGCAGGAGGCUCUUCGCGGCGCAGCCACGAAGAUGGUGGCGCAAUGGCUGGCGAGGUCGGAGCCGGCGUUGGGGCAUGAGGUGGUUCGGUACAUGCUGGAUGCGGAUUCACACGCUUGGAGUAUGAGGAAGAGCAAGGCGAAUUGGUUCAGAAUUGUGGCGGUUUUGGCCUGGGCUGUUGGGUUGGCGAAGUGGUUGGAUGACAUAAGGAGGUGGAGGAAUCCGGUGACGACGGUGCUGCUUCAUGUUCUCUACUUAGUGCUAGUUUGGUACCCGGAUUUGAUUGUUCCCACAGGGUUUCUAUACAUUGUUCUGAUUGGGAUAUGGUACUACCGGUUCCGGCCGAAGAUUCCGGCGGGGAUGGAUACACGGUUGUCGCAGGCGGAGGCGGUUGACCCGGAUGAGCUUGAUGAGGAGUUUGACACAAUGCCGAGUUCCAAGCCGCCCGAGCUGAUUCGCGUCCGGUACGAUAGGUUGAGGAUGUUGGCCGCCAGGGUUCAGACGGUGUUGGGUGAUUUCGCGACGCAGGGGGAGAGGGUUCAGGCAUUGGUGAGCUGGAGGGACCCGAGGGCUACUAAAUUGUUCAUUGGGGUGUGUCUAUUGAUUACCAUUGUGCUCUACUCGGUGCCGCCGAAGACGGUGGCGGUGGCAUUGGGGUUUUACUACCUCCGGCACCCCAUGUUCCGGAACCCAAUGCCGCCGCGGAGUUUGAACUUUUUCCGGCGACUGCCUAGCUUGUCUGAUCGGUUAAUGUAGAUUAGUCAAAUUCAACAAAGUUUACAUUUUAUUUUUGUUACAGUUUUUUUAAGUGACAAUUCUUUUAGAGAUGAAAACGAAAAAUUAAAGUGAUGAUGAAUACACGAGGGUGUGGAAACUGGAAAGUAACUAGCAGCUGGUUAGUGAUGUUUGCAAAUGCUGUUCUCAAUAGCCUUGUAAGGAGAAAAAAAGGGAGUGAAAAGUGGCUAAUUGUCAUCAUUUUUUUGGUUGUGGUCAAAUUAAUUGACUGUUUGUCUUGUUGGAGACUUGAAAUAAGAGAAAGGUAGAAGAAGGUGGGGAAUGAGGAUGGGAUGCAAGAGACAGACAUUGUGGGAGAAAUUUUGGGUACCUUUGGGAUC